AACAACCCGAAGGCUGAGACUAUCGUUCUUAAAUCUUAAUAGAAUUUGUGCUACGGUGGUUUGACUGCCUAGGGUUUAGGCCGCAUGGGGAGCCGGUGCAAGUUUUGGCUACCGAAAAAGAAAAGAUUUUGCGCAAUUCCCCCUCUCCCUAACUCCGAUUUAUGCGGCAACCACACUCCAAGAAACAAUGACACCUGGGUUCCCUGCUCUAUCGAUCCCUCACACUCAGUACUGGAAUCAAACCUAGAAUCUCAUAUCAAACGGUGUCCGUUGCUGAAACGUGAAACCUCGUUGUCACUUCAACCGUUUUACGAAAAGGGAAUCAACGGAGGAGGUGGUGAUGAAAAUGAUGAUGGUGAUGCUAGCUCGGAGUCGAAACGAAUGGCUGUGCAUUCGAUGAGUGCAGCUCAGUUUGUUGAGUUGAUCGAUAAAAUUAAGUCGGUUCAUGCUUCGAUAUGUAAGGAGAUUCGAGAUUCUUUUAUUGUUCCGGAGGGUUCUAAGUCUUGGAUUGACCAAGCAGUUGACUGGAAAAUACCAUUUCAAGAAAAGCAUGUUAUCCAGCAGGCAUCAAUUCUUGGAAACUUGGAAAGGCUUGGAGCAUUGAAGUCUCCUAGUAUUGAUUCAAAUGGGGAACAAUUUCCAUCCGCAGAUUCCAGUGAUACUCCUGCAGUAGUUGAGUUUGGAGCUGGAAGGGGGUACCUGACACAAAUGUUAGCGGACUGUUAUGGGGUUUCAAAGGUCUUCUUGAUCGAACGCAAGUCCUAUAAACUUAAGGCUGAUCGAAGCUUGAGGCAGAAAGAGAGCUUGAUAUUAGAGCGGUUAAGAAUUGACAUUGAGGACUUAAAUUUGAAUGCAAUUGUGUCAUUGCAAGGACUUCCUUAUUUGGCUAUUGGCAAACACCUGUGUGGGCCUGCAACUGAUAUGACCAUAAGAUGUUGUGUUGGGGAAGGUGUAGCCACAUCUUACGUUAGAGGGAUUUCUAUAGCAACAUGUUGCCACCAUCUCUGCCAAUGGAAGCAUUAUAUUAAUAGAGGAUUCUUCCUUAGGUUAGGGCUUACAAAGGACGAGUUCCAUGCAGUUACAUGGUUCACCAGCUGGGCAGUAGAUGCGAACCAUGGUUCAGACCUUGAUGAUGCAAAGAUGGAAAAUGAAAAGAUUUUAGCUGAGGUUGAUCUGCUGAGUAAUAUGUCUGCAACAGAGCGGGCUGUGUUAGGGUUUAUGUGCAAGGAUAUAAUCGAUGCAGGGAGGUUAAUGUGGCUGAAGGAAUAUGGACUAGAAUCUGAGCUUGUGAAAUAUGUUCCAUCUAGCAUCUCUCCUGAAAACCAUUUGCUUAUUGCAAAGCGUCGAGAUUUUUGAUAUGGUUUCUUGGAAAAUUAUCGUAAUUUUAAAUUGCAAAAUGAGCAAGUUAGGUUACGGUUUUGAACCAUUGAUAUAUUCUUUUUUAGAUUAGUCUCAAGGGCCUUUUUGGUUGGUGUCUUAUAUCCAUAGCAAGAAACGUUACAUGUAGCAUGUGAAAUCUAGUUUAUUUGUUGUAGUUACAACAUAAACACUGUUGGUGAAAUUUCAAAAUAUUGAACAUCGUUGGUCACUUGAAAA